UUUCCCUGUCGCCCUGCAGCUUUUAGACUCCAGGCGGCUGCCGUAAGGCGGGGCGGCAAGAUGGCAGCCUCCGCUUUUGCUGGUGCCGUGAGAGCAGCAUCAGGAAUCUUCCGACCCCUGAAUAUUUUGGCCUCUUCAGCCUAUCGAAACUGUGCCAAGAAUGCCUGUCUUAGUUCUGCCCUGUCCACCCGACGUUUCAGUCCCACUCAGACACCGGUUGUUUCCUCUGCUCCCAGGCUUACCACAUCUGUCAGGAACCUGACAUGUGGGCCUGCAGCAACAGUCCUCAGCAGGUGGGGAACAUUUCAAGUGGCCCCCUUGCUCCCAGGUGUCCUGAAGCCACCAGUCAGAACUGUCACAUACUUCAGUUCACGCAAAGGCAAGAGAAAGACCGUGAAAGCUGUCAUCUAUAGGUUUCUUCGACUUCAUUCUGGCCUGUGGCUAAGGAGGAAGGCUGGUUAUAAGAAAAAAUUAUGGAAAAAGACGGUUGCAAGAAAAAGACGCUUGAGGGAAUUUGUCUUCUGCAAUAAAACCCAGAGUAAGCUCUUAGAUAAAAUGACGACGUCUUUCUGGAAGAGGCGGAACUGGUACGCCGACGAUCCAUAUCGGAAGUACCACGAUCGGACGAACCUGGAAGCGUAGAUCAGAAGUUUUAUGAUUUCCUGGUGCUUGAAUCUGCAUCUUUGUGUAUAUGAUGUCUUUGCAACGGUGAGAGAGUAUGAAAUGUGCUGUAAGUUGUACCAGCUGAUAUGGAAACAUACAGUACCAACAUUAAAUUUAUCUGCGUUCUAAAACUCAAUGGAGUAAACAUUCCCAGAUUUGUUCAGAGAAAUAGAAAUUUUAAAUGAAUGAGUAUUGUUCAUUAUUAAUUAUAUGGUGAUGGCGUAACCAGUUGUUCCCAUUAGGCUUAUUUAGCUGCAAGGAAUCUCAAGUGAGGACAGACAUAAAAAGACUGUCAAGUAACGAGUUAGCUCAAGCAGUGUGACGUUUUACGGACACGUGCCUGGGGACUCAGGAACCACCUCACCACCCCUCUCUCCCUCCCAAAGCGAACCCCUGGGCCUCAGGACGAGCAGCAACUACAUGGUGAUCCUGGACCCGGGGCAUCUCCAGGGGUCCAGCGGCAGGAAGCGGUGGGCCUCUAGGCUUGGGGUCUGCCUUGCACGCGACUCAGUUCUUGUUGCAUCGCGGGCUCCACUCGCUGUCUCCUCACCACAUGCUCUCAUUCACAGCUUUUGUUUACCCUCAAUACCCGCUCCCUCGUAGUGUGCACCACUCAGGUUCUUCUCUGCAUCAGGACCCUCAGCUCCUGACUCCAGGCUCUGACUGUCAGGAGCCAACCGGGCCAGCUUGUCUCUUUACACCAGGUCUCAUCAGGGGCACUGACCAGUGUAGGGACUGGCUGUUCUUAGGUCAGGAGCCCACCCUGGCCCACUUGGUCGUAUUAGCAGGUCCACGUGCAGCAAAAACUAGUUCUGUGAGCAGUUUCACUCCGAGGGGAGCCCGGGGUGGCAGCACGCGCCCAGGGGACCGGGUUUAUUGUGUUCGCAACAGUUCUCACUCAGGUUAUUGGAAAAGGAUUUUUUAUUGAGAGGAGAAAAUGAAACAGUCUUUCGGGAUGUCCAUUCUUGAAAUAAGAGGCUAUACAAGUGAAGACAAAGGCUUUUUACCCAGGAUUUAAAAGGUACUGUAUUUUUUAAAAGUUGGUUUAUCCACUUGUGAUUCCGUAUUUUUAAUUGUGAGGAUAAGCUUUUCCAAAAUUUUCCAAAGACACAUUGUACAAACUAAGGGUAAAAAGUAACCUCAGUCAUUUUAGAAAUGAGGCAAGAGUGAAGCAUGAUUCACUUGAAGAGGGUCAGGCACUGAGGAAAGUUUAGAUUUUCAGAGUGAUUAUGAGGGGCUGGUUCUCAGCUCUCCUAUCAGAAUCACGUGGAAAGCAUUUUCAAACAAUAGAGCAUUUUGCUUGGUUGAAAAAUCAUUAUUAUAUAGAACCAUGCCUCAGUUACUGCUUCAGAUCCUUUAAUAUAAUAGUUGAUAGUGAUAUGAUGAAGUUCCUCUAUUAUUGACAGAUUAAGGGAAAAGCUACCCAAAUUGAACUUCUGUGGCAGACUCGGUUUAGUGGAGGGACUCCUAGAAACCAGUGUGCAUUCGUUAAAAGGGUGACAAUGGCGUGUUUGAAAACUGCAAAGCCACGUGUAUGUCUGUUUCUGGGACCAGUUAAUAAAGAACAGACAUUUGAUUUGAGAUGAGAAUCUACAGUGUGGAGCAUGGAGUGUCCUUCUGUUUUGAUGGGUUUUCUUUCCCUCUUACUGCUGAGGUGGCCACAGCCAGUCAUUUACAAGGCAUCGGCAUCAUUUCUCACCUGCCUGGCUCCUUACCCCUUUCUCUCACCGUUGGUAGCGGGAUGGAGCUGGUGCCUGAAGACGCUGGGGAGGAGAUGACUCCCGUCACUCCAUGACUUCUCUAGUGCAAACAUGGACUGCAGAGCACCUUGGUUCCCCCUCCAGGCCAGGGACAGGAGAGGCAGAGACAAGGGCUGGCAUGAGGCCUCAGCAGCCAGAGAUGGACGGAAACGGAAGGGCUGACACGCCCGUGAUUUAGGGGAAAGGGAAUUUUCACAUAUACAGCUGUUUUGCGGGGAGCAGGGUUUGUCAUCGACACUGAUUUUAUAGUUUGACAACAAAACAUCUUAAAUUAACAUGCUGAUUGCCAUGUCACCCAUAUCUAGGUGACAGUUUUGUUUCCUCAGGGGCACUCGAUCCACAGUGGGUGAUCAACAUGUUAAAGAGUCUUAUCUAAGUAACAUCCAAGUAUGUCAAAGUAUAAUUUAUUGAACACCUACUGUGUCCCAGCAUGUAUCCACAAAACCACUAAUCCUCAGGACCAGCCUUGCAAGGGAGAUAUUCUCUCUCCCUUGUUCGGAUUUGUGGAAACUGAAGCUCACAGCAGCUUAAAUACAUUACCCAAAAUACAGCUACUAAGUCACAGAGCCCAGGUCUGACUCCCUGGACUCCUGUGUAUUUCCCUGAGUCUUCUAACAACACUUGAAAAUUUACACCUAAACCAACAAGUGACUGAAAUCUAGCACCAUAAAUACUCAACAAUUCUUCAUGACAGUGAACCAAGUUAGCUUUUUUAUUAUUUUUUUAAUUUUCAUUAUUUUUUUAAUGGAAGUAUUGGAGAUUGAACUCAGGACCUCACGCAUGCGAAGAAUGCACUCUAUCACUGCGCUAUACCUUCCCCCCAGCUUUCAGUUUUGUCAUUUUGCUUUUCCGUUAUCUGUCAGCUCUUAACCUGGUUAAUCUCAGUUCCGUUGACAUUGGGCUUGGCUCAGUAAAUGAAUAAAUGAAUGGAUUUUCAGCCUUUCUUUGCA